AUGGCUUCAGCAUCCUUGGCUUCCAAGAAGGGCGACGACCAGCAAAGACAGACACACCAGAGAGCGCAACUCGAGGAAGUAGAACAUAACGAUGGACGACCUUCUUUUGUGCUCAAUUUGACGGAGGUGAAGCUGUUGGGUAUUGCAGGAGUCGGGUUCUUCCUAGAUGCCUAUGAUCUCUUCAUUAUCAAUCCUGUGGCCACAAUGCUCCAAUACCGGCUGUACAACGGCGAACACCUGCCAUCAGGACUAGAAGGAUUCGUCAAGGCGGGCGCAAACAUAGGAAGCGUCAUCGGCCAAUUCGCCUUCGGUUAUGCUGCCGAUGCCCUUGGGCGAAAGAAAGUUUAUGGCAAGGAGCUUAUGCUCAUAAUCUUCGCGACCAUCAUGACCUUGACGACCCCAACUGGCCAACUGUCACCAGAAUCCUGUCUGAUCUACCUUGGAGUGUUCCGCAUCUUGUUGGGCAUCGGCGUUGGAGGAGACUAUCCUAUGUCGGCGAGCAUCACCUCGGAUCGUGCAAACCUGAGGAAAAGGGGUACGAUGCUGACCUACAUCUUCUCGAUGCAAGGUUGGGGCAGCUUCGUGGGCAGCCUGGCUACCAUCAUCGUCCUGGCGAUCUACAGGAAUACGAUCGAGGGUGAGGGAAAACUGUCAAAAGUUGAUGGAGUUUGGCGUAUCGUCGUCGGCAUCUCGCUCAUCCCCGCCUUCGCAACGCUGUACCAACGAUUGACGCUCCCCGAAUCAACGCGAUACGAGGAAUCCCAACGCCUACAGCGUGAACACCCCGACGACGAGAUCGCGAAACUCAAGGAGCUACAGAAGAGGGCGGAAGAAUCCGAUCUUUCCGUCAUCCCUCUCGACGAGAAGACGAAUAAGACCGACGCGGAGAAAGGAAGUCGGGAAGGUAGCUCAGAUGAAUCCAUGACGGCGGAUCGUGUCGAAGAGGUCUCCGAUAGCCUCGAACCCGAGCAAGUCGCCAAGAAGAAGGCUCAUUUCAAAGAUUUCUACCUUCAUUUCCGAAAGUGGAAGAACAUGAAGAUGCUGAUCGGGACGUCCGUCACUUGGUUCCUGCUGGAUAUCGCGUUCUACGGAAUCAACCUCAACCAAAACGUUGUUCUUCAGCAGAUCGGGUUCGACGGUUCCACUGGAACGCCAUGGAACAAGAUGUUCAAGGUUUCUACCGGUAACAUGAUCAUCACGGCACUCGGUUUCGUACCAGGUUAUUACGCUACCGUUCUGACCAUCGAGACGCUGGGUCGGAAAUGGAUCCAGAUACAGGGGUUCCUGAUGUCUGCCCUCUUCUUGGCUAUCUUGGCUGGUCUAUUCGAAAAGCUGUCAAAAGUCCAGUUCAUUGUUUGCUUCGCGUUCUUGCAGUUCUUCUUCAACUUUGGAGCCAACUCGACGACAUAUUGUUACCCCGCGGAGGUCUUCCCCACUCGAUACCGUGCUUUCGCCCACGGCAUUUCAGCAGCGUCUGGGAAGGCUGGUGCGAUCAUCUCCGCUCUCGCAUUCAACACCCUCAGUAAGAAGAUUGGAACACCCGCCGUGCUGUGGAUCUUCUUUGGAUGCUGUAUCGUAGGUGCAGCGUUCACCCUUCUCUUACCGGAGGUCAAGGGACGCGACCCUGACCUCGUCUUGGCGGAAGAGAUUGCAGAGGAAAGAAGGAAGAGGACGAACUGA